AUGUCGAGCCAGCUGGUGUGGGAGCUGGUCAAGAAGAACCACGCCUUCCUGCGCAAGAAUGCGGCGGUGAACGGCGCGCUGUUCUCCGGCGAGCCCGGCAACCUGGCCAACAAGCACAGCUACAAGUACAGCGGGCUGGCCAACCGCGCCUCCACGGUCGACGUGGCGCUCGCCCCCUCGGGCGACGCCAUCGUGGUGGCCAAGAGCAGCAAGAAGUCCAAGGCGGGCAAGCUGGCGGGGAGCAUCGUGAACAAGAACGGGCGGAGGAGCAACCACGCGGCCGGCGCCGAGGCGGCCAGCACCCGCCCCGACCUCAAGCGUGCUGCCCAGGCUCGCGCCUCUGCGCUCACAAAGGGCAUCCGCACCAGCAAGGCUGCCGCCAGCGACGAGUAG